AUGACUUUCUCGAAAGCAGGGGUCCCGUCGAUCAACGCAUCGCAAUCUGCGAGAAGCAUCCCGUCAGGAAUGGUACUAUUGUACAAAGACUGCACGCUCCAGAGACCAAGGGAGAAGGAUACAAGCGAAAAUGAAGCAAAGAGGGAGACUCAAAUUGUGUCCCGAACUGGCCAAUCCACCGGCCCAUUUGGGACUCUCGGUGGCUUUGACCCAAGUCUUCAUCUCCGACCGGGCGACCCCGAUUCCCAGAGGGACCCGUUCCCGCUUAAGGAUUCUUAUGACAUAACUAAAAUAGCCGCCGUUCGAGAACCCAAGAGUACACUCAACUUAUCACGACACAACUUUCAAGGCUGGUGA